GUAACGUUCGCUAAUUUCUGACAUGGUCGGACGCACUCUCUCUCAGCAAAUUUUGCGUGACACGUCCAAAGGAAGCGCUACAAAACCCAUAAAUUGUGAUAUAUCGUGCGUGAAUCACACCUACACGGACACAUCACGGUCAAUUGCACAAAUUAAAUAAAUAAAACAAACAACAAAUUAACAGUGAAUAAGUUGUGUGGACUCUUUUAUUUGAAAAGAACUAUCGAGUUCAACGAAUUUACAAAUGGAUGAAAAUGUGUGAAAAUUGUGGAAAAGAAAUCCAACGGAUUUUGUGAGUUUUCUCGUGUAUUUUUCUGAAAUUAUAUUAAUCUCAAGUGGAAUUGUUGAUAAAAAAAAAAUAAAUAAAGAAUAAGAAACUCCAAGUGAAAAGUGAAAAGGAAAAAGAGUCUUUGUAAGAGAGUAAAAGAAAAUUUUCGUAAAUUAUCGGAAAAUGGUUGUAUUCUUCCCUUCUAACACCGUUUCGGGGAAUUUCAAAGGAAAACAACUAGCAAAUGAAACCAAAAAUGACCUCAAUUAGUCCAUAAAAAGUGGUACGAAAAUCAAGAAAAAAAGAAUAAAAUAAGUGGUGGAUGAGAACAUAAAACAAGUGGAAAAAGAUCGUCAAACUGAUUGGAACUGGCCUACACCCUUCGUCCCGCGAUGGGGCCGAAACCUUUUGGAAAAUGCCGCAUAAAGAGCAUAUAAUGACCCACCACGGACACGCCACCGCAGUGUCACAGAGCGCCCUCUUUGGCUGCUCCUCAGCCGGCCAUUCGGGCAUUAAUCAACUCGGUGGUGUCUACGUGAAUGGUCGCCCCCUGCCUGAUUCGACACGCCAAAAAAUCGUGGAACUAGCCCAUUCGGGGGCACGGCCGUGUGACAUUUCGCGCAUCCUGCAAGUCAGCAAUGGGUGCGUGAGUAAAAUCCUUGGGCGCUACUACGAAACAGGCAGCAUUAAACCACGUGCCAUAGGUGGCUCUAAACCCCGUGUAGCCACAACUCCCGUCGUCCAAAAGAUAGCUGACUACAAGCGUGAGUGCCCGAGCAUUUUUGCCUGGGAAAUCAGGGAUAGGCUCCUCUCAGAGGCGGUGUGCAAUAGUGACAACAUACCCAGUGUUUCAUCGAUAAAUCGCGUCCUGAGGAACCUGGCGUCGCAGAAGGAACAGCAGGUACAGCAACAGAGUGAGACUGUUUAUGAUAAACUGAGAAUGUUCAAUGGGCAAUCCAGUGGAUGGGCAUGGUAUCCAGGCGGUGCUGGGACGCCGCACCUUUCCCUACCACCAGCUACACCCGCAGCCGCGGCCGCAGUGGCCAAUUUAACGGCAGCCGUGAGCGGUGCCACGGGUCUGGCACGUGAAGAUCUCCACAAACGAGAUCUCUUUGGUAGUGAUAUAUCCCAUGCAAAUUCACACGAAUCAACAUCCGACGGGGCAUCGGAACACAAUUCAUCAGGAGAUGAGGAUUCACAGAUGCGACUGCGUCUAAAACGAAAGUUACAACGAAAUCGCACAUCAUUCACAAAUGAACAAAUAGAUAGUCUCGAAAAAGAAUUCGAAAGGACGCACUAUCCCGACGUCUUUGCUCGUGAGAGACUUGCUGAGAAGAUUGGUCUGCCAGAGGCAAGAAUACAGGUAUGGUUCUCUAAUCGACGCGCAAAAUGGCGACGGGAGGAGAAACUACGCACACAGAGGCGCUCAAGUCAAAUUUGCGACACAACACCGAGUGCACCGCCAACAUCAGCAGCAGCAACAGAUACACAGCCUAGUGCACCACCACCAACGAAUGGGGCUUCAACACCUGGAGCCAGCCCACCGCUAGCCACGGCAACGCCACGUUUGCCCCUAAAUACAGGCUUCAAUUCCAUGUAUGCCACAAUACCUCAACCCAUUGCCACCAUUAGUGACACCUACAGCUCCAUGACGACAUCUUCAUGUCUACAACAGAGAGACGCAUACCCGUACAUCUUUCACGAUCCAUUGUCCCUGAGUGCCACCUAUGCUACACACCCUAGGACCCCAUGCAAUCCUGCAACAGCCCACCAACAACCGUCCUCGCAGCAUGCGUCGUACGCCAGUAGUGCUACAGCGCCAACGAGUACAGGUGUAAUUUCGGCCGGUGUGUCGGUUCCAGUUCAAAUUCCCGCCCACAGUACUGACAUCAGUGCCAGCUACUGGCCGCGUCUUCAGUGAUCUCGGGCCACACGACUGAUCACCUCAACAAAUCCCACAUUCGCCAUCACGCAAAGUCACUCAUGUACAAGCAAUAAUGUGAAGCAGCAUAAAAAAAACAACCAACAUGUGGACAUUACAAAAGAAAAAAAACAAUGUCACCCCCUCCCCAAAACAAGAGACAAGGAGUAUUAAAUUUUAAGUAAAAGAAAAAAAAGAAAGAAAAAUUAAGUAAGAAAAAAAAUGUAUGUGUAGUUUGUGAAUAAAUAUGAAAGAAUUUUCAAA